AUGGAUUCGGACCAUGAACAUGAUGGUCUCGAGCUGGACGAUGCCCCAUACGUUCACCAGAAGAAGAAGAAGAAACGCGCAGGAAGAAAGAAGAGGCGCGCAAUUACUGGCUUCGAAGGUGCAUUUCCCGCUGUCUGCUCACUUGGCGUCAUCCAUCUAACACGUAGUAGAAUACUAUGCCGAUGCGCCCACAACUCCAGAGGAGGCUCGCCGCGCAUCCAGACUUGCAUCCACCGCUUCCGCACCCGCCGGAACCUCAACAGUGAGCUCAGUACCUACUUCAACGAGUACAUGUUCCUCGGGGGCAUCGACACCUAUACCGCCUUUAGCCCAGAGCAGCUCGAGGACGGCGCGCUGAUCCCACGGGGCUGCGAGCCGACGACGCACGACGACGACGACGACGCCGCCGCCAACUCGCGAUUCUACGACGGCAACGCUCGCAACUGGACCGUCGACUUUGCCGCCGUCGCCGCCGGCUUCCUCUCCGUCUCCGUUCUGCCGCUGGCUGGAGUCGAAGCCGUGCCCACCGAGCGCGCCAUCGGCGUCGUGGAGAAUUUCCUCCGCUACGUGCUCCAGCACGACGUGUGCCCGGAGCACGCCGCCAACAUCUCCGAGGCGCUGCGCGUGUGUGACCGCGCGCGCGACGAGUGGCCCCGGUUCUGGCGGCUCGAGAGGUUGCUGCCCGGCCGGUUCACGCUCGCCGCGGCGCAGACGUUUGGUGUCCACGAGGAGGCGGACUGGUUCCUGGAGGGGCGCAACGAGGAGGCGGGCAAGGCACCGACCGAGGUGAAGCCCGAGGUCAUCUUUUACGCGUCGCUCGUCGCGGCGGGUGUGCGCGUGCCCAAGACGGAGAGCGGCCGGAGCGCGCUGACGGUGUCGCGCCAGUUUACGUGCUCGCUGACGCUGCGCAGCAUCGAGAUGCCCGACGAUGAUGUUUCCGGGUACUUUGAGCGGCUGGCGCUCGGCGCGGGCGCGGACACGAUGACGAGGCUGAAGCUGCAGCCGCUCGGGCGCGCCGUCUUCCGGCCGGCGGAGCUCCAGGACGGCUGGGUGCGCCAGGUGCCGUUCGAGGCGCUGCCCGCGGACGAGGAUGUCGUCUUCCUCCUGGAGCGGGACAUCCUUGAGGCCAUGACGGUGGGCACGCUAAUGACGGCGCACGUCUGCGAGCUCAGCUCGGGGCUGCGCUUCAUCAAGACGAUCGAGACGGUGCAGCCGUCGUUUUACACGUUUCUGCCGCAGCACCUGAUCAAGGACUACAAGCCGCCCAGGGCUAAUGACCGGCCGCCACCGUCGAUCCACGACAGAGCGGCGGCUGCAGAGGAGACGCAGGUGGAGCGGCCGCAGGAUGAGGAAUCGGAAGCAGAGGAGCUGAGCAAAGAGUAA